AUGAGUGACAGUCCACCCCGGCUGGAAGUUUGUCCCCACUGUAAGAAGUCAUUUAAACGACUGAAAUCCCACUUGCCAUUCUGUAAGAUGAAUGGAACAGCCUUACCUGCUGAUCAGAACGUCUGUCCAUCCAAGCCAGCUGUCCUCUCUCUGGCCAAGAAAAGGAAGGGGCCGGUCAAGCACUUACUCAAAGCUAAAGAGACCAGUUUAGAUAGCGAGAGAGAGAACAGAAAUACCAAGUUGAUAACAAACAAACCAGAAGGAAGAAAGGAACCCCUUGCACUACUAGGCAUGGGCACAGUAAGUAAUGAAAAGACAGAGAAACACAGCAAGAGUCAACUUCCACUCUCCCUUCAGAUGUUAAAAACUGCUACACCUAAGAAAACGCUCCCGGGAGAGACUAAGGCUCAGUUUUAUGCAUCUGAGAACAUCUCUCUUCAAAGAGAACUUGACAGAGAUUGGCCUAAAUUAAGGGACAGCAGAAGCAAUCCUUCAGAAAUAGAAACAUCUGUACUGCUCCUUCCCAUUCCAGUGGAACCCUUUUCACCAAAUCAAGAUGGAAAACAUUCUUCAGGCUUACCUGGGCAUGUGCACGCCCCUUCUACGAAUCUGAAAUUGGACAAAAUUGAUCUCCCAAGACAGGAGCUGCUAGUCAGACCGUUAGAUGUACCUCUUGAUUAUCCUAGUUCUGUGAACCCCAGCCAUGGGGUUAAAACAGUCAGAACGUCAUUGUCACAAAAGGAGAAAGAGCCCAAACCCAGAAAGAGCCCAGAGUGCUCAGGAAUUCCCACCACUGUAAGAUAUCGCGAGACUCAGGAGAAGAACACAGAGUCACUUCUUUCAGGCCUCGGAGUCAGCCCAUCAGGUAAAACCCGACUUGAGGAGAGCAAGGCGGUCACGCUUGCCUUGAAGGAACGAGGACUUCUUGGCUUUGAGGCUCGUGGGAACAGAGGGAGCCCAGAGAAAAGUCAGUCUGUGCAAGAAGCACAGGUGUGCUCUCUUAGGAGCUGUAACCCCAAGAGGAAGCCCAGGGCUGCUGAUUCUGCCGCAGAGAACGCGUCUCAAGAUGAGGGUCCGAGUGGAAACCUGGCUGCUCCAAGGGGGGCAGUGUUCAGUGAGCCCCUGGCUGUAUCAGAGUCGGGACAUCCAAGUCUCACCUCGCUGGCUCUACGGUUUCUUCAAGAAGAGCGAGCAGGAGGCUGCCGUCUUCAUCAGGUCCCUGCUCUACAGACACUCAUGGGGCGUGAGGGACAAGCCUCUCUGGAGCCCAGAGCUGCCCAUCAGGGCCAGGCGCUUCCCACUGGAUACCAGCCACCUCUCCAUCCCAGCUGGCACCACACUUCUCAGAUUCCCGUCACCAGUCCUGUUGAUGCUACUGAUAGCCGGGCCCACCCCUGCGCCAUGGGGCUGGAGUGGUUUCCAGAGCUCUACCCUGGUUAUCUUGGACUCAGGCUGUUGCCAGGGAAACCUCAGUAUUGGAAUGCUAUGGCCCAAAAGCCUCAGCUCCUCCGUCCCAGGGGGGAAAGGCUCCCACAAGUCCCUUUGUUGGAAAGACGUCCAACUGACAGAAGGAUCUUGGAACCCCCGACCUGGCUUUCAACCUCCGGCUUCUCUCUAAUGAGGCUCUUGGGAGCUCUUCAGAAAGGGUGGAGCCGGUGUAGCAGCAGUGUGAGGAACGGCGUUGGUGGCAUCUCGGUGCUCUUCACUGGGUACUUCGGCCUCUGCUGGAGCUGGAGCUUCCGGAACCUCAAGCUGCAGCGCUGGCGUAAGUAG